GCUGAGUAACAGAGGCAGGGGAGGGAAGAGGCUGCUUUCACAGGAGACGGAUGAAGAGAGUGAAUCCACACAACGUGAGUGCCGGCAGUGGAUGAGGGAGGGGGGCUUCCAGACUGGAUGGGCCCAGCAAUGCCUUGAUGGAGUAUGGGCCAGGUUUUAGGAUUCUCCCACUGCCAGGAAUAUGGCUCUGUGGCGUCCACCCCAGACUCAACACCUCCAUGCACCGAUGGCGGCAACGAGGAGUCAGAGAUGUGCGAUCUGCAAACAGCCAGAGAGUGGUCCGACGAUGACGAUGAAGAAGUGGAGACAGGAGAUCCGGACGACGACGAAGGACAAGGUUCCUCCCCGUCCAUCUGGGGGACUCCUCGCCAGCACUCCUUCGAGCUGACCUUCUCUUACAUCGCCAUCGCAGAGGCCGAAGCGGUUGGGAGCUCACGCCACCAUCGUGAGCGACGCAGGGGCGUCCCCCGGCUGGGACGCGCUCCUUUGAUUCGAACUGACACGCUGGAAAUGCUGUUAGACUCCCCUGAUGUGGACUGGGAGCCACAGGGGUUUCUCAAUCAAGAUGAAGAAGAGACAACAUCAGAGGCUAGAGCGCGGGAGUCAGAGGAACCAAGGACAGCAAGCCCUGUGGGAAGAAGGGAAGGGGAACAAAGGGAAACUCUUACAGUGCAGCCCGCUCCUGAAACUCUGGACUCAAAAAGUGAAAGGACAAAUGUGGGAGAUGGACCAGAAGAGAGCGCAAGUCAGAUUGGUCAACGAACUUCUGAGAUCCAGCAACACAGUUUCUCACAGAUAGCUCGGGCAGAGGAUUCACCAACCUCAGAGCCCGAGUCUCCCAUCACCUUGGAAACCAUUUCAGUCAAGCUGCUCACCUCUGUGCGACCCACAGACCCAGCGCGCUCGUCUGCGGCUUCCGUAGGCCACAACUCUCAGGAACAGCUGCUCAGAGAUCACUGGUUUUCAGCACCGGACCUAGCAGAGGAUCUGACCGUAUGCAUCCACAUAGCAGUGAUGGACCUCAUCUACUGGAAGGACAUAGAGAGAAGUGGCCUGGUGCUCACAGCCUUGGUGGUGGGCUUACUUUCCCUGUUUCAGCUCAGCAUCAUCUCUGUGGUCUCCACCGUCUCCCUGGCGGUCAUGUGCUUCACCAUCUCUGUACGCAUUUAUUACCAGUUUCUCCACAUCCUCAGCUGGGGGGACGGAGAACAUCCUUUCAAGUCAUACUUGGAUCUUGACAUCAGUUUAAGUGGAGAGCAGGCUGACAUCUACAUGAAAAAAGCCAUUUCUCUGGCUCUGUCUGCUGUUGAUACCCUGAGGAGGCUGUUUUUUGUAGAAAAUCUUUUUGAAUCCCUCAAGUUCCUGUUUCUGAUGUACCUUGUCACAUAUCUGGGAGGCCUUUGCAAUGGCCUUACCAUCCUCAUCAUCAGUGUGAUUGCUCUCUUUUCUUUGCCCCUUUUCUAUGAAAAACGGCAGGAGCAAGUGGAUGGCUUUAUUGGAAGAAUUCAGGCCCAAAUUGACAGCGUGAAGGACUUUCUGCGAAGACUUGCCCAAGGCGGCGGCCCUCCUCCUGAUACAACUCCUGGUGGUGCCAAGCCUAAAUCCCAGUAAAAUCUCAUGGAUAACAACUGUAGGAGACGCUACCAGAGUUGCAGAUUGCCACUCAAUGUCUUACUCAGCAGUCUGUCCCUUAGACCUCCAGCAGAUGGCGCUGCAGAAACUGGGAACCUGAAGAACAGAGCAAUGACAUUCUGUGUGCUUAGACUGUGUCUCAUUUCUAGAGGUUAGAGGAUGGCUCUCAGAUGCUCUUAAGGUGAAGUAAGAGUUAAUGGAUUCUGGGUGAAAACAAUCUGGUAACAUCAUUUUUGGAAACAUAAUUUUAGCGUUAUAAAGGAGAUUCGAUGAGCAUCUUAGUUAGAGCUGUUGUACUAAUGUGCUAAAGAACGUGAGUGGGAAUUUCUCACCCCGACUCGGUCAGUCGGGGUGACCGACUGAUAGGUGAUUUAACGUAUAUGAGAGGACAAAAACAGGGAUCAUCAUGGCAGCAUAAAAUUACCACAUCUACUUCUUCUUCUUUCAGAUACAUUUUCAUUCUCACGACUGUUAAUCUGCAUGAAUGCCAGCGUAUUGUUUUGAAUGUGUGCGUCUGCUCUGACAAAUUUUACUGAAUAUGAAUCUGUUGGCCCCAAUUAAAACAAAUUUCUUCUUUAUUUUCUAAAAUGUUCUUUUUGUUGUCACCCCAGCUGUCAUUCACUUUCCUUUACACUUCUUCUGUGACUUUGGUUUUUGCUUCGCCCUUUAUAGGUGCAGCGAGAAAGCAGGAGGAUAGAUGAGAUUUGCAAUAAUUUUGCUUAAUGCGAUGCACCUGAAGUGGAAGCAAAAUCAUGUGCUCAUAAGUUCUGAAGUGCUGUUUUAGUUGCUGUGUGUUUAGUGAAAGGUUUAAGAUUUUAAACAGUCCUAGUGCUCUUAUUGUGCUCUUCUCCAGCUGUUGAUGAACUCUGAAAAACCGAGCAAGCGACAUACAGCAGGUGCCUUUCUGACUGCAGGUGCAUGAUAUCAUCACAGUACUUACAGCGACCAUGUCUCUGACCAUCACCUCACACAGAAUGCUGUUUUGUGCGAUUACCUUAUUAUACAUACCCGUGUACGCGGGAUCCUAAACGGAAUUGUAACAAAAUCAGUUUCAGGAAUCUCAAAAGUAUUCAGGAUGUUCAGCUAUAUAAAUCCAAACUUUCUUCCAGCUAAUGCUUCAAAGCGCAACAUUAUUCCUAUGCCUUACUGUUACCCAGCUCUUGCAUCCUAAAGAGAAGCAAAGACGUGUUAGGAGAUGUAAACUCCAGUAUGAUGGCCUGUAAGCCUCAGACAUGCUGAUUCCUAUAAAUGACCCUUAGUAGUUGAAAACAUAUCUCUUCCUUUGUGUUUUUGGCUUAGAGUUAGGAUUAUUACAGCAUUAUUCCAAAAUGUGCUCAAUGUGUUACUCAGCAAUGGCGUCUAGAUGUAUGGUGCCUUGCAAAAUCAUAUAUAUCCACUGGACCUAUUCACAUUUUUGCCAUGCUGCAAUCAGAAACUUCAAUGUUUGAUUGGGAUUUUAUGAAAUAGACCAACUCAAGCUCAGUUUGAUUGGAUAGAGUAGCUGUGAACAUCGGUUUGCUACAGAUUCUCCACUGGAUUUAGGUUUGAACGUUUUCUGAGCCAUCCUAACGCAUGGCUAUUUUUUGAUCUGAAACAUUUUAUUGUGGCUCUGGCUGUAUGUUUGGAGUCAGAAGGUGAACAUUUUCCCCAGCAGCACAGUGUUUUGCAGUCUAACAUGACAUUUACUGAGAUUCUUCUGUAUUUAUCACUGUUAUCAAGUCUCAGCAGCUUCCGUCUUAAGGGUGAAGGUAGCAAGGAUAACUUUUCCAUUAACAGAUUUUCCCACCAGAGCUGAGGUCCAAAGUUAUCACGGCUGCUUCUGAUUAAUUUUCUCCUUGUCUGACCUGUCAGUGAAAGUGAACCUCCAUGUUUUGGUGGCUUUGCAGUCAUGCCAUUCUCUUUACAUUUUUCAGUCAUUGAGCUAAAUAGUGCAUAAAAGAGAAAAGUGCAAAGCUUAUUUUGUAAGCUAAACCUGAUUAAAGCUCCUCCUCACCUUUGUCCCUGACCUGCCUUCUGUGCUCCUUGGUCUUUAUGAUGCUGUUUGUUUUCUUUCACAAAUUAUAGACUGCUUUGCAUUGGUCUGUCACAUAAAAUCUCAACAAAUUACAUAAAAAAGUGUAGUUAUAAUAUGAUCAAAUUCAGCCUAUACCAUAUUGCCCCACUAUAUGCCUCUUUUGCUAGCUUUUUAGAUAUUAGCAUUAAACAUGAAGAAUAAUUAAGAAUUGGUUUUCCACUUAGCCUCAGCAUCUUUCCUAACAUUUUUCUCUGGACGAAUUAAUAUCAGCUCCUGCGCAUAAAAUUAGUACAAGCCAAGUUUACUGACAAUGACUUUCCUGCGAUUAUGCCUAUAAACAUGUUUGUGUUUCUGGAAUUAAAAUGAGCGUUUCUCCCAAAACAACUCUAAUACAUCCUGGUUCAGUCACUUGAUCUAUUCCUACAAUUAAAACAUUAAAAUAUUGUCUUCAUCUUGUGCUCUGUUAUUUACGUUUCCCCCAGCGUCUCAACCCCUCUGGAUACAGGGUUAUAAAUCCAAACCUGACGAGACAUUUAGUCCUUUUAAAACCAAUGACGGUAUGCAUUGUAGUUGUACACCAAUUAUUUUGUAUUCUGGAUCACCAGACUUUUAUCCUUUGAAGAAUAAACACGUAAAACUCUC